AUGGAAAAGGGAUUGGGUGAUGCCAUUAAAGAAGUUUACCCUGGAGCUGAGCAUAGAGUUUGUAUUCGCCAUUUGUGGAAAAAUUUGAAAAAAAAUUUCCAUUGUAAAGACGGCCAUAAACUUCAAGGUUUGGUUUGGGCAGCUGCUGGAGCAUAUACUAUUACAGAGUUCAAUGACAAACUCGCUGAGCUGAGUGUUUUGAGUCCAAGCAUUUAUGUUUAUCUUACAAACUUACCUUAUAAGUGGUCAAGGAGCCAAUUCAUUCUGGGUAUAUACCAUGCAACAAAUACAAGUAACUUAGCCGAAUCAUUCAAUGCAUGGAUUGUAGAUGCUCGGAAUAAACCAGUCGUGGACUUAGUUGACAUGAUUCGCAGUAAACUUAUGGAGCAAAGGGCUGCACGUAAGUUGUUGAGCAUAACAUGGCAACGUGAUUUAGUUCCUAAUGCAGAAGAUUACAUCAGAGAAGUAACUACAAGAAAAGAACAUAUGUUAGUUCGCCAAUCAACUCAUUCAAAGGCUGAGGUUGAAUCCAUACAUUCAAGGCAUAUUGUAGACCUGGAAUCUAAAGAAUGCACAUGCCGAAUAUGGCAAUUAACAGGACUUCCAUGCAUUCACGCUGUAGCCUACAUUGGAAUGAAGGAACAUCCACUAUGGCAUACAUAUGUUCAUGAUUGGUACAGGAUGGCAUACGAGGGAGCUAUAGGUACUUUACCUGAUAAAGAUCAGUGGCUUGUUGUUCAAAAUGUGGUGGAUAUUGGACAUAUGAAAAACUGCUGUAAUCCUGGAAGCAUUACCGGAAAACCUGUAAAACUUAAGCAUUACCAGGAAAAACUGCUGUAA